CGUAACUCAUGGGAUUCAUGGGUGUGUGCGUGUGUGCGUUUGCGAGAGAGCACUUGGUGGGAAGCCUCGCGAGAAGUGCAAGUUCAGUCGCCGCCGAGUCUUCGCAACGUGACCUGUUUGUGUGCUCCUCCUGGUGACUACACUGUUAUCUACACCUGGUGCCCACCCGAGUACGAUUCGCCGCACAACCCGUCAGUAAGGAACGACGGCCACCAUGAGCGCUGCACAGACCUCUCAAGGCAGCUGGAGGAUUCCGGACCUUCUGGCCAUGAAGCGCGAUGGCCUGGCCUAUUCGGAGGACCAGAUCGCCUUCUUGGUCCGGUCGGUCUCGGAUCGGUCCAUGGACGACUGUCAGCUGGGGGCGCUCCUGAUGGCCAUCAAGCUGCAGGAUAUGACGGACGCAGAGACGAUCGCCCUCACUAAGGGCAUGAGGGACUCAGGAAGCGUGUUCUCGUGGCCGAAGGACUGGCGCGUCGUGGACAAGCACAGCACGGGCGGCGUGGGUGACAAGGUGUCCCUGGCGCUGGCCCCCGCCCUCGCCGCCUGCGGCUUCAAGGUGCCCAUGAUCAGCGGGCGCGGCCUCGAGCACACGGGGGGCACGCUCGACAAGCUGGAGAGCAUCCCAGGCUUCAAGGUGUCUCUGACGGAGGCCGAGAUGAAGACGGCGCUGGAGGAGGUCGGCUGCUGUAUCGUAGGCCAGACCGCCGACAUCGUACCUGCUGACAGACGCAUGUACGCCGCAAGAGACGUCACUUCAACCGUCAAAUCUGUGCCGCUCAUCGUCUCGUCCAUCAUCAGCAAGAAGGCUGCGGAGACCGUGAGCGGGCUGGUGCUCGACGUCAAGUUCGGCGGAGGAGCCUUCAUGAAGACCCAGGAGGAGGCAGGGGCGCUGGCCAAGAAAAUGGUGGAUGUGGCCAACGGCGUGGGCAUGGCCACGACGGCCCUCCUGACCACGAUGGAUAUCCCGCUCGGCAGGGCCAUCGGCAACGCCCUCGAGGUGCGGGAGUCGCUGGAGUGUCUUCGGGGCAACGGACCGGAGGACCUUGAGGAGCUCGUAACGCACCUGGGCGGAGAAUUACUGCUGGGUGCGGGAGCGGCCUCUACGCUGGAUGAAGCUCGCCAGAAGCUGGCCAAGGCUCUGAGGGAUGGCAGUGCCAGAACGGCUUUCUGCAAUAUGAUACAGAAGCAGGGUGUCACCAAGAGUGUAGCAGAGGCACUGUGCGGCAAUGUUCCCGACUACUCCCAUCUACCUUCCUCGGCUCAUGUCACUGCCGUCAAAGCUGCUUCCUCAGGAGUGCUAGUUGGUAUGGAUGCCAUGACUAUGGCGAAGAUCAGUUUAGAACUCGGGGCUGGCAGGAACAAGGUCGGCGACCCGAUCAACUACAGCGUGGGCAUAAUGCUCGUUAAGGUGGUCGGCGAGAGCGUGAAGGAAGGCGAGACGUGGGCAGAGCUGCAUCACGAUUCCUCACUGCCACCCACCCUCCUACAGAGGAUGCAGGGAGCCGUCACCAUCAAGGCGUCGGCGGAAGCAUGCAAGCCCUCGCGCGUUGCCGCUCGCGUUGUCUAGGUGCUCGAAACCCUCAGUUGCAGAGGCCAAUAUCCAGCUCGCACUGUCAGUCUCCUAACUUGAGAUCUAGUAUCCAUGCAAAAUACUUUAUGUUGCACAAAUUAUGUUAGGGCCUGUUCGCAUGAGCGGACAUAAUCGGCGGGCGCGCGUACGCAAAGAUGACGUCACAGGUGGGCUAAGUGCUCGCUAAACAAGCAGUUCCACUUUGUAACGUCACCUUCACAGGUGCCUGACGUUGCGGACAGGUCUUUAACCGUUUGAACCUUCUACUUUUUUAUUUUCUAAUUAUAUGGGAAACUGGAGACUUGGCUCUCUUCCGGGUUCAUCGUCAUACUAGUCACUGACCCCAAAUAUACUAGUACAUGGGGAAGGGGACUGUUAUUUUCACGUGGCACAAUCUUCACAUCGCCAGUUCUUUCUCCCAAAACCAUAUUCAUCGUCAAAUAGAAAGUAUACCUAUAGAUACUUAUAUUCGGUGCAUAUAUGCCAGUUGCUCUUCCCAGUAUAUAACUGUAACCAUCAUUAACUAUUCCAGGUACCUGCUGGCGCUCAUCAGGAUUUUUUCUUUACGAAACUAACUUAAUUGCGUUGUUGUUGUUUUUUUUUUUGGUUCACAAGAAUUAUUUAAUGUGUUAGUUUUUUGGUUCACAAGAAUUAUUUGAUUUUGUUAUGUAAAUCAGCCGGUGUGUUAAUCGGUCUGCAGUUAAUACGAUUGUUCUGAUUCUGGCUUCCAGUCACUGUGGUUCUCUUUAUGAUUUCAGCUUACUACUUCAUAACAAUCUUCUACAUAGUGAUUUCUGAUAUUUUUUAUGUUUGCACAAGCUAUUUAAUUAGAUGGUAUGAAAUUACACAUGACCUGCAUAUUAGUCAUCUAUUGGCUGACCUAACCGAUUCAUUCCACUCCUUGAAAGGGAAAUAACUCAUUCUGUACAACUCUUUACUAUGCAACUGGCCAACGUCAUCCUCACAUUCCAGUCUAUGUAGAUUUAACAAGAAAUUAUUUUUGUGAUUGAAAUAUUUUUUGUUGAGUUUUACUAUUGUGUUGUAAUGGGAAAUUAAUAGUUUUUGUAUGAUAUUGAAAUUUACACAAUGUCUCUUUCCUUGUUCAUGAAAAUAAAACUAUUGCAGUGCUAUACUAAAAUAUCUUAAUAUGUUACCGUCUUAAACUGAUAUUUUUUCUUUAUUUUCCUGGGCCUUCCAGGCUUUGAUACAAUAAUGAUCAUCAUUAGCAAAUUCUAAAAUUUCAUCAAAUCCAAAAAUGAAAGUUCCUACAAAAUGUUUUAUAAUUUAUCAUAUUAAUACAUCACUACUAAUUAGAGUAUAAACUUUGCAUUCACGAACAUGUAUUAUGAAAAUAUAAUUUUCUUUUAGAGAAUCAUAUAUUUUGCAAUGAGAGAGUUUGAGCAUGUGGCAUUCUACUUUGUGAUAUAUUUUUUUAAGGUUAUCACUGCCUCUAGUAUUUACAGAUAUUACCAUAAAAUUAAAUAGGAAAUGUUAA